AGCGGUACAUCCAUGGUGCCGACCGACCGACGGCCGCUUUCGCUUUUACUUUCGCUUUCCGCUGUUCCCCGCCCCGGGCCCCGUCCCACCUGAAGGCAACGGCGGCGCUGAGAGCCAACGGAGAGCCCAGAAGACAAGAGCGGGGCAGGUAAGGCUCUCCCUUCACCGCACAGCACAUGUGGUUCACUGAAAACUGCAGCCGCAAUUGCUACUGGAAGGCGUUGUCACGGCACGGCCGAACGCAGCACACAGAGACAUGGACAGGUUUGAGCAGCAGGACCGGGAGAGCUGCAUGAGGUUCAACGAAGCUAAGGGCCAACACCAGCAGGGAAUGAAGGGGCUGAGAAUGGAUGAGGGCAGUGUGACGAUCCCCGUCAAUAAGGAUACUUAUGAUGUUCUUAAAAAGAGAGAGAACAACCUACGUAACGUCGUUUACAAGAAGUUUGCCUGUACUUUGACCUGCAUGGAACAGGCUGCUGAAAUAUACAGGAAAGUAUUAACACAGGGAAUUCAGCUGUCGGUCUGUAAGGAUGAUCUUACAAGACACAAGGCUGACGCUGUGGUGAAUGCAGCCAAUGAAUAUCUAGAGCACACAGGAGGUCUUGCUUUAGCUCUGCUGAACGCCGGAGGGCCAGAAAUAGCAGAGGAAAGCAGAAAUCAUAUUAGAAAACAUGGCAAAGUCCCAACUGGCACAAUAGCAGUGACAGGGGGAGGGAGGCUUUCGUGUAAGAAAAUAAUCCACGCCGUUGGCCCACUGUGGUACCCGUCGGAAAAGGAGAAAUGUUGUGUUCUACUUGAGGAAGCUGUGGUGAGCGUUCUGAGAUACGCCAGUGACCCAAAAAACGAUAUCAAGUCAGUGGCUAUCCCAGCAAUGAGCUCGGGGGUUUUUGGUUUCCCACUUAAUCUGUGCGCUCAAGUGAUUGUGAUGUCUAUAAAGCUAUUUGUUGAGACCACGCCAAGCUGCCUCAAGGAGAUCCGACUGGUGAACAUUUGUGAGCGUACAGCAGCAGAAAUCAAAAGGGCGUGUGAGAUGUUUCUGGGUGAAGGCAGCUCCACUGUUCCAGCUCCACUAAGCCAGCCCGUAGCUGUCAUCAGACACGGAAACGUUCGAUUGCGUAUCAUAAAGGGAUACAUUGAAGAGCAAAGGACGACAGCCAUUGUUAGCUCCGUGUCUUUGGGUGGCGAGUUUUGCUCUCAGAUCUCAACACCGAUGCUGCAAAAAGCAGGUCCAGGUCUUCAGAGGGACAUCCUGUCUCAGCUGGAGCAUCUCCACUAUUCUAAGGAGUUAAUAGUAACCCAAGGGUAUAAUCUGCCCUGUGAGCUCGUUCUUCACGUCAUAUGGCCACAAUUUAAACACGUGGUGCUACUAUGUGAGCAACUGAAGGAGGCAGUUAACAAUUGUCUGUGUUUAAUUCGGGAUUAUCCAUCGCCCUCCAUUUCCUUUCCAGAAAGGAAUUGGUCAUUAAUGCUGCCCAGUGCUACGGUGGCAGAGACCAUGAUUGAAGAGGUGUUAGAUUUUGCCAGGAAAUAUCCUGAGAAGAAAAUAGAUGUGCAGUUUGUCCUUUGCCCCGAUGACGAUGCUACCUAUCAGAUUUUCCAGGAAAAAAUGGAUUUAGCAGCCAGCAAACUGGAAAAGAACAGAAGUGAUUAUUUGAGUACAGAGUCAAGCAGUCAAGGCAUAAAGGAGACUGCAGAUAAUAAACUGGCCAUUGAACUUCAAGGGAGACCACAUUUUGCGUUGAAAGCAGCAGAAUUGUGGAUCCAAAGCUUGAUACAAACUCUGGAAAGUCACUCUGCCAUCAUUGAAAACAACUACAUUUUUAGUCUCGGUACAAAGGAAUAUGCAAAACUAUCCCGAGUGAAAUAUUCCAGUGUGUCUGUGUCAGAAAAAGUGACAGAUGGGAAAGCAAGCCUGGAAUUUCAUGGACCCCCAGAUGCUGUGAUUGAUGCAGUGCUUGCAACUGAAAAAUUACUGCUUUUUGUGCAAGAGUGUAUUACAGCCAAACAAGAGGAACUGCUGCAAUUAAUGGGCCAACCAGAAACAGAUCAGCUUUCAGAAGGACACCCUGACAAGACAAACACUACUCAACACUUCCAGUUACUACAGGUUGACUCACAUCUUCAGGCAUUUAAGGAUAGACAGAAACAGUUUGAAAGGACAGGGCUUGACAUCCUUAAGGUAAAUAAGAUUGAAGAAAUACACAAUCCACUUCUAUCUGCUGCAUUCCAACAAAUGAAAAAAAAUCUCGAAGAAAAAGGAGUUACCUCCAAAGGAUCCCAUAAGUUAUACCAGCGUGUUCCUGCUCAGUUCUGUAGCUCAGUAUGCCAAACUGGAUUUCACAGAAUAUACUCUCCACCAACAGACCAAAGAUACGGAGCUGGCAUCUACUUUAAAAGGAACCCAGACAGCCUAAUUGAGGAUAACGAGAAGGAAACAGACUCUAAAAUCUAUGUGUUUGAGGCUGAUGUAUUAACAGGGUUAUAUACUAAAGGCAAGCAGUCUUACAUUAUACCACCAGCAGUGGAAGGAGAUGCCAGUACAUUAUAUGACAGCUUAGUGGAUGAUAUAAGCAAUCCUGACACCUUUGUCAUUUGCAACAGUCUUCAAGCCCUUCCAUGUUAUUUGCUGACUUGCUCCAAUGUGAAGGAGAUUCCCAUGGACCUCUGAGGAAACCAGCAGCAUCCUGAGGAGAAAUUAGUCAGAGCUGUAGCUCUUGGGAAGCGCCCCCUCAGAACAAGUUCUACUGCUUAGAUUUUAUAGAUUUUUAAGAGGGUGCUCUUGAAACCGCUAACACACUGUGACCUAAGGGCUUCUUGGCAGCUCUGAAACAGCCUUAAGCUGAUAACAUUAAGAAGAUUAGAACACAGUGAUCUAGAAUUAAAAACAAAUUGAAAGCCUCAUAAAAUAGUUUAUAUGCCUUAUAGUUUUCUUAGCAUGUGACUAUGUAUUAUAGGUUUGCAUUUUCUUUCUUUCAUUACACACAAGAAAUCAAAGUUGCUUUGGUUCUUACAUUUCUGAAUGCAGCACGAUGUGUGAAAGCAUCAGGUGAAUGCUGUUUUCCACCUCAGGUUUUGCUGCUCAUUAAAGUUAUGACAAGCGUGAGGCAGUUCUUCAAGAUUUCUAACAGUAGUUGCUAUUAGUUUUUCUUAGUUAAGAGAUUCCAAGCAGUAUAUUCAUGUAUUCAAAAUAAAAGAGUACAAAAAAUA